AUGGCGCGCUUUCGAGCAUUCACCAGCGAUAGCAGUGAGGAUGAGUCGGACCACGGGGUAGAGGAGAAGAAAGCUGCAGACCCACCACGGGAGGAAAGCGAAGACGAGUCGAACAGUGGGUCGGACUCAUUCAUGGAGGAAGACGAACUCGCCAAAUCACCACCGCCACAAAAGCGUUUCACCCGUAGCGCUUUGGUGCAGAAUAAAGCCGGAGACUAUCGAUACGCCCACGAAUCCGAAGAUGAGUCUGAAGAUGAGGCCUCGUCCUCGUCAGACUCACCUCCGCCAACGCGAGCACGCGUGGGCGACCCGUCGCUAAUCCCCUGGGCUCAACAAGUUGGCGUGGACGCGCAGAAAAUGCUUGUAAUGCAGACGUCCCUAUUUCGUAUGCCAGAAGAAGCUGCCGCACUCAAAGAGAUUGAGAAACCAUCGCGCCACUGGGGCCUGCGUGUUUCGCCACAAGGAUUGAAUCGGAAACACAGUCGCGACUCUGAAGGUGAUGGUUUACGUGUUGAAUCUAGGGAGCGAGCGUCAUUCGCGGAUGACAUUGACCCUGUCCCGCACCGCCCUUCUCGAAAAUAUGCAAGGGUGGAUAUCACGUCGUCGGUGUCUGCGGGCGCAGAAGGCGCAGUAAUUGAUGCUGGAUUGGCACUCGGCCGCUCAUGGCGGGUAGGAUGGGGACCUGGGGGGACACUGGUUCACCUCGGCAAGCUCUGCGGACCUACAGCUUCUUCAGACGUCUCUACCAACUCCUCGAUCAUUCACAAAACAUCACUGCCGCUGGUAGACGAAACAAAUCUAUCUUCAAAAUUACUCCAACAUCAUCUUUCUAAUUCCCCAAUAGAGGCGGACGAAAAUGGUAUUCCCUUCGCAAACCCUUCUUUCGACUUAUGCUUCGCAUCGUUCACUGGUCUCUUCACCUCUACCGACGAAUCGUAUAUUGCUUCGCUAUUCCGGCUAGGCCAUGCCCUGUUCGAUCCUCUGAACCUCCGUCUAGGCGAAUCAACCCCACCAGACGCCCGAAACCGUAUUAUCUGUCUUCGCAGAAAAGCUGCUUUAUCAUCGUGGCUAGAACGAGCAGUCUCUCACCAAAUCGAGGCUACGCUCAAAUCACCUUUUACACUCAACCCCCCGUACACCGCGUUCAUACUUCUGACGGGGAACCAAGUUGAGAAAGCCUGCGAGGUAGCUAUGGAUGGCGGCUACUAUAAAUUAGCUACCCUGAUCUCACAAGCGGGAGGCGACGCCGAGUUCCAGGAGGACCUACGAGAACAGCUGCAAAUAUGGCGAGAACAGCGGAUAGAUGUCCAUCUUGAUGAGGGCAUUCGGAAAGUGUACGCCCUUCUUGCUGGAAUAGUAGACGACGUGGUUCCCGGCUCGAAAGGGACUGGUUUGGCUUGCUCGGACAUCGACAUAAUUCAAGGCCUGGACUGGAAGCGAGUGUUGGGUCUCCAUCUCUGGUUCUCUGAACCACUAGACACGACGAUAUCGGAUGUCUACGAAGCCUAUGUCGAACUGUCAAAACAGUCGCUUCCUACACGAAAGAUCGCGCAACCGGUACCGUGGUACAGCACGAACACGAACUUGGCAUCGCAGUUGUGGAAGCUUCCUGACGAACUUCCACCAGACGGAUUGUUCGCCCUCAUUCGUCUUCACGCGGAGCCAUCGUGCUCGCUCUCCCAAGUGCUACUCCCGCUAUCUUUCGGACCGUCCCCGUUGGAUUUCACCCUGCCUUGGCAUUUGUAUGUUCUCCUCUCCCGAUGCAUGCGUGCGAGGGAUUUCGAUGAUAGAGGUGAUCCUGUGGCGCCUGACGAAGAUGAUGGCGACGAGGAGAACGCGGUGGAGGGGCACAGCCCAAGUGCCGAUCUCCUCACAAGUAGUUAUGCCCUUCAAUUGGAGAGAUUGGGCAUGAUCCAGGAGGCAUUAUUUGUCUUGUUGCAUAUCGAGGGUUCUCACGGGCGGGAGAAAGUCGUCAAGGACCUCUUGGCGCGGUCAGCAAGCAAGCUUGACGAGUGGAUGAUACGGGGCAUCAUAGGCAGUCUCAAAAUCCCUAUGACGUGGGUAAACGAAGCGAAGGCUAUACACGCCUAUGACAACGGGCGUCUGUACGACGCGUACGAACUGUAUUACUCGGCGGCGGCGUACAACGCAGCGCAUGACAUAGCGGUCGUUGAUCUUGCACCGGACGCUAUUAUCCGCAAGGACCUGGAGCUUCUGAGAGAUCUGUUCGUACGGUUCGAAGGCAAGCCUGUCAGUGGAUGGCACGUACGCGGAAAGCUAUUCCUCGACUACGUGCGAGUCGUGAGGCGUCUUGCCGACAUUCACGAACAGGAACCCGACACAGCGGAAGAUGAUAUAGAGGAGUUAUCGAGAACGGCAUCCAAGUUGAUUGGUCUAUUGCCUGAUGUCUUGUGUAAUCGGAAGGACGUGAGGCAUGUUGCUGCUCUGGCCGAGAUGGUCGCAACGCUUGUGAGCUCGGUGGAGAAGCUGAGGCCCUUGGCUCUGUCCCAGGUCCGGCUGACGCACGCGAGCAUCGCUACCAAACAGAAACACUUGCGCUCCAUUACACACGAGAGGUUCUUGCGGUCGAUAGCUGCUUAA